AUGGAGAGGCUUUCCGAUCCCUAUUUCUACCCGUUGUAUUCGGCACUCGCCUAUUAUUCCGCCGUUUUCGCCAUCGGCGAAUUGGCGCGAUUUCUGGUGACGAAAUAUGUGUCGCCACGUGGCAAUUCGCAAUUGUUUGCGAUCGAGUUGAUCGGGACUAUUCAAAUGUGCACGUGUGUUUAUGAAAAUGGUAAAUAUUUUUUGGAGAAAUGGGGAAUUUGAUACUUAGUUUUGAAGGAAAAAGAGAAAAAAAUCAAAUUUUCCAGGAAUUAUCGUGAAAAACUACGGUCUCAACGCAUUUUUCAUCGUCGUCGGCCUCUUGCUCACCGCCGGCGGAAUCUUCAACCGCGGCGCUCUCACCAACUGCGUUCCAAUCAUCGAGGACUUCUUCUAUUCCGCCUGCUCCUCCUCAAAAUUCCUCGCAAUCCUAACAGCUCAAUUAAUCGGAGCAUCGUUCGCCUCGAAAUGCGCCUAUUUUAUCUGGAAUUGGACUUCGCAAUAUUCGCAAUCUCAUUUGGAAAAUGCACUGAACACCACUUGUAUUUUACAAUAUAAACAAUCGGCUGGAAUUGUGAUUGCUUUCGAGAUUUUUGGCGCGUUUGCAAUGCGAAUUUUGAUCGCGAAAAUCGCGGCGAGACCAAGUUUGAGAAAAACUAUUCCAUUCGUCGUUUCACUUUACUUGACUGCAGGUAUUUUCAAGGUUUUUUUCAAAACAACAACAACAACACUCCGCAUUUACAGCUCUCUACAUCAUCGGUGUCCCUGGUCUCAACCCGAUUGUUGCAACUGCUCGACUUUUCGGUUGCCAAGGAAUCGAUAAUCAUGUAUUCGUGAUUUUAUAUUGGAUUUGCCCGGUUGUUGGUUGGCUUGGUGGCGCGCAUUUCGUACGAAACUCCGCAGUUACACCGGUUAAGAAGUCGAGCAAGAAAUCGAAGAAAAAUUAA